ACACCGGACUCUGGGACGUUCAACUCCGUUUCUCUGUACAGAUGCUACUGAGGUUUUUUUAAAAAUUCCUUGCUAAAGUUGGAGCACCGAGAUAAAACUUCAGUUGUAUCUAAGGCAGAGCAUGCAAAAUACACAACUGUCCUGUAACUAAACAGGAAGCGACGAGGAACGUCUGCCAUCGAGAUCUGAAUACCAGGAAAAAAGGGGGAUUUUUGUAGGGAUUUUCCUUUCUCUUCUCCGGGCAGACUGUGCGAUCCGGUUGUCUCUGCGGUAGAGAGGAGGAGGCAGAGGCGCGCGGCCGACGGAUUGGCAGUGGAGUGUUGCCCGGAAGGUUCUGUGGAUGACGCGAGGCGCAGGCCCCGCCCCCUCGCUCCACCCUGCGCUAGCGGUAGCGGUAGCAGCAACUUGUCCAUUUUCAUUCAGCAUCAGUCCGGAGCUCGUUUGUGUCGUCUGUGCCCAACCACUGCACAUCGCUGGAGCUAUGGGAAUAAAUGCAACCGACAUUGAGGACCAGUCGCUUCUUCCCUACUAUUUGAAGCCCGUCGACCUGGCGAGAGGUUUCUGCCGCGGUGCGGCGGCGGCCGCCAGUAAAAACGAACAAUAAAAACCGAGAUCUAGUCGGCGGCCGUCCAUAUGGGGGGGUGGUUGCCGAUUCUAGCGCAGUAGAGCGGGGCCCCGGCACAAUGCGGAGUGAGGCGACUCGCUUCCCACAAACACGGUAAAAUGAAGCAGGGUGUGUGCUAUGGACGCCUGGCAGCUCCGGCAGUGGCCACCAGCGAACUCUUCACCGCCUAGCCCUGCCAGCAAUGGGAGCUUUUAGCUUGUUGUGGUGCUUUCUUCCUUCUUUCGCAGCUUGGACCGCAGCGACGAUGCAUUGGAGCAUUCUGACGCUGCUGUUUGUGUUUCUUGGUGACAUUACAGCUCAAGUAGAACCUGCUCCAAAGGUUGCUGUGUCCCUUUCGGGUAAAUACCAUCACUAUGAUCGUGCAACAGGGAAAGAAAUUUACUGUAAUAAGUGCCCUGCAGGCACCCAUGUGGCACAACAUUGCACAUCAACAUCAUUGCGUGUCUGUAGCUCCUGUAAAAAUGGCACUUUCACGAAGCAUGAGAAUGGCAUUGAUCAGUGUCACACCUGCAGGCCUUGCACAGCCCCGAUGAUUGAGAAAUUCCCAUGUACUGCCUUCUCUGACCGUGAGUGCACUUGCCCACCUGGAACCUUUCUGUCUAACAAGAUCUGUGUAGCUUAUACAGUUUGUGCAAUGGGUUGGCGUGUGAAGAAGAAGGGAAGCGAGACAGAAGAUGUUAAGUGUAAACCAUGCCCUCGUGGCACUUUCUCCAAUGUGCCUUCGAGUCCGAGGUGCAAACCACUCACCAAUUGUUCAGAACAUGAUCUGGUGAUCUUAAAACUAGGAAACCAACAAAGGGAUAACAUCUGUGGCUUGCCAAGCACAAUUCGGAGUACAACCCUCAAUUCUUCAAGCACAGAGUCAACUCGCCACAACAGUGGAGUUCUUCCUGAUGCCUCCACUCCAUCAGGUAUUCUAAAUCAAUUAAGCACCACCACUACAAAAUCAAUCAGUGGAGUGACCAAAGAAGCACAACUUUGGCAUUCUUCCUAUUCAGGCCCCAAUUCACCUCUGUCAGCUGCGAUGAAUUUUCAACCCAUCAUGGAAAGCUCAAGAGCAGGUGCUGACUUCAGACCUCCCAGAAAAGGCCCGCCGAGGCCAAGCGCACACAAGCACUUUGACAUAAAUGAGCAUUUGCCGUGGAUGAUCGUACUCUUUCUGCUGUUGGUGCUGGUGGUGACAGUAGUUUGCAGUAUUAAGAAAAGCUCCCAUGUGCUGAAAAAAGGCCCCAAACAGGAUCCCAGCAGCAUUGUUGAGAAAGCUGGCCUCAAGAAGCCUAUUUCCCCUAGCCCAAAUAAAGAAAAAUGGAUUUACUAUUAUAAUGGGCAAGGAGUGGACAUCCUGAAACUUGUGGCAGCGCAGAUUGGUAGCCAGUGGAAGGACAUCUAUCAGUUUCUUGCCAAUGCAGCUGAACGAGAAGUAACCGCUUUCUCUAACGGGUAUUCAGGAGAUCACGAGCGAGCAUACGCAGCCUUACAACACUGGACGAUCCGAGAUCCUGAAGCCAACCUGGCAAAACUCAUUAGUGCUCUUCGUCGCUACAAGCGCAAUGAUGUGGUGGAAAACAUCAGAGGGCUAAUGGAAGAUACCUCCCAGGUAUGUGCCCAGUCUCAGCAAUUUAAAUCCCUUAUUUAAUGGUGACUUAAACUC